CAAUACCGGGCCGGACAGAGCUCCCUCGUCUGUCUCUCUGCGUCGCGCGGGCUUUUUUUCGUUUAAUUUCACCACUCCCCACCCCCCGUUUUCUUGUGUGCCCGCCACUCACGUAUUCCUCCAACUGGCCAUUUAACCCUGGGUAACGUCGGCACACGGUACACGCCGGACUAACGCCCCGCGAGAGAGCGUGCAUUAACCACCCAUUCGUGGGCGGUGUAAACAAUUGAGACGGAUUAAUCGGAUUUGUGAGGGAGUAGUACAUUGAAUUUCGCGGAUUGUUUGAAUAAUUGGUCGAAAUAUUUUUUUUUUUUCUUCCAAAUUUUGUGACGAUAUUCACGUGGAUGAGAUACGACUCGGGACACAUUUUCGCAUUUUAGGUGGAAACUUUUGCACUUCAAUAACAGAAAGGAUUAUAAUUGCGGAUGAUGAAGAGCCGCCAUCAAUUUCGCAGACGUUUUAGUCUGCAGCCUUCGUCGUCUCUGAAGGAGGAGCCGGAAGCAGCACCGAAGACAUCCAUCAGGGAAGAGCGCCUCUCUGAAUCGGAUAAUGGAGAAAAGUCUAGUGACUCACCGGCGAAACAUAAAAUUGUGGUACUUGGUGCUGCUAAAGUUGGGAAAUCUGCGAUAAUAAAUCAGUUUCUGUACAAUACAUUCUCACCAAAGUACAAGAGAACGGUUGAGGAAAUGCACUACGGAGACUUCAAUGUUUCCGGGGUGCAGUUGACCCUAGACAUAUUAGAUACAUCAGGCACUAAUGAGUUCCCGGCUAUGCGCGAAUUGUCGAUAAAAUCGGCGGAUGCAUUUAUUCUUGUUUAUGAUGUCAAUGAUGCCAGCACAUUCGCUGAAGUUGAGGGACUUAGGUCAACGAUUCUGGCCUCCAAGGGAGCGGUGCCAAUUGUUGUUGUUGGCAAUAAGAUCGAUCUUAUCAUGGAGAGCGAGGACUGCGAGGGAGAGACUCAGGUGGAUACAGACCGCAUACGUGAACUAGUUGUCACAGAAUGGGAGAAUGGCUUUGUGGAAGUAUCAGCUAAGGACAAUUCCAACAUCACUCAAGUAUUCAAAGAGCUCUUGGUACAAGCCAAAGUCAAAUACAAUUUGAGUCCAGCAUUGAGGCGUAGGCGACGUCAAUCGCUACCGCCACCGCAUCACCACACCUCCCGUACAAGUAGCGCACAUGUACCAUCACCAGCGCAAUUGCAGCAUCUACACCAGAUACGCGAGCGCUCGGGUGGAAAAAGAAAUUCCUGUAUCCUCUCCUAAGGAUAUCUCUAGAAUAAAUGGGAAUUAACCAGAUCUCACAAUUGAUGAUGGUCAUCAGGAGGAAAUUAAUCGCAUAUUUGAUUCGUCAAUUAAUGAAUAAUUGCAAAUGAAUUGAUCAACUCAACCGAGGAAAUUACUUUUUUCAAUUGAUUUAUGUCCCCUCCCUCUCCUCCCCCUCCUCCUCUUCCUCCUCCUUCCAACAAAAAAAAAUUGUCGGAUUCUCCAAUCAACACUAAUCGCUGAAUUCAAAUGAUUAUAAUAUUGUUCUUCGAUAUGAGACCAAAUAAAAAAAAUAUUUCUCUUUACGAACGAUUGUGGAGGCACUUAACAACCGAAUGACUGAAGAAAUUUAAAAAAAUCAACUUGGUCAAUUCAAAAAUUGUGAAUUUCGAAUGAAUGGCUGACUAUUUUUUGAAUUCAUUAUAGAUAAAUGGUAUAGAAAUCAAUUUUUGCUAAACAAGUAGCAAAAUAUCAAGCGUUAAUGUCCGUAUUGCAUUAAUAAUUAUUAGUUUAUUUAUGAGGAUGAAUGAGUGAUUGUGUCUGUGAUCAAAUGUCAAUCAAUUAUGGGUAAACACAUGAGUAAAUAAUACCCUAGCUCCUUCUCUCUUACGCUAAAACAAUAAAAUACGAUAGUAGAUCACUCGAGCAUCGAGUGGAAGAGGCAUUUAAUUUUCGAAUAAUAAAACGAUACAAUAGCAUGAAUCAGUGGAGAAAUUAUUAACGUAAUGAUCUACCUUUGUACUUAAUUAAUGAAUAUUUAAAAUUAUAAAAUGCCUUUCAAGACUCUUCUCAAUGGAAUAUCUGAAUAUAAAUAAUUAAAUUACGUGAAUAAUAUUAGGCAUUCCUCCUGUACACUAUCCUAUUCGUCAUAAAUUAUAUAAAUAUAGUAUUACAUUAUGAAUUUCAUUCGUGUAUGAUGCGAGAUGGAAAUAAAGAAGGACUUGACAGUA